GGGCGGGGCCCGCUCGGAGGCGGUCCCUCCUCCGCCAGCCUCCGGGCCAGCCCGGCCUUCUUCUCCAGGGCUGAUUGGCCCGGGUCGGUGACAGUUCGCGUUGCCCAGGAAACUAGGGUUGGACACCCUCAGUACUUGAGAGAGGCGGCGGGCCCGGCUCAGGGGCCUCGAGAUCGGGCUUAGGCCCAGAGCAUGUUCCAGAUCCCAGAGUUUGAGCCAAGUGAGCAGGAAGACUCCAGCUCUGAAGAGAGGGGCCUGGGCCCCAGCCCCACAGGGGACGAGCUAGGCAGCAGCCCAGCAGGAGGCUUCCUGGGGGACACCAGUCACCAGCAGAGGCAGCUGAGAAGCAGCAGGAGCCACCAUGGAGGCACUGUGGCUAUGGAGACCCGGAGUCGCCACCGGUCUUAUCCUGCAGGGACUGAGGAGGAGGAAGGGAUGGAGGAGGAGCUCAGUCCAUUCCGGGGCCGCUCGCGCUCGGCGCCACCCAACCUCUGGGCUGCACAGCGCUACGGCCGAGAGCUCCGGAGGAUGAGCGACGAGUUCGUGGACUCCUUCAAGGGUCUUCCUCGCCCGAAGAGCGCGGGCACAGCGACGAAGCUGUGGCAGAACUCUAAUUGGACACGGGCCAUCCAGUCCUGGUGGGAUCGGAACUUGGGGAGAGGAGGCUCCGCCCCCUCCCAGUAAACUUCCGCCCCCACGUUCCCGGAACCCCACCCACCCCGGUUCCGUUGACGGCCUUCUUGGGUGUGGGCGGGAGUCUUCUACAGCCCUUGCACGAGAGCAUCUGUUGUAUACCUUUCGCAGGGAGUCGGUCUGAUUUAGAGCACGGAAGUCUGAAGGUUCCGACCUCUGCCGCCGGAAGUCGCCCAGCCACGUGCUGUUGGUGCCCAAGGCGCCUGCGCUGGGAAGCGCUCUGUGAUUAACCGUUCCUCUGCCAGCGCCCUUUCUAAGGUGACGCUGCACACCUGUGCUCCGCACAAACUUGUUAAUAAAGUGCAGUCUGUGCC